UAAAAAGCAAAAGCCAUCGAUCAAAGCAAGUUCAGAGAGCAAAGCAAUGAUGCACAGAUUCAUCAUACUUUCCAUUUUUGUUCUCUUUGUUUCUGGAAGGGUAGUACAAGCCGACGGCAAUGCGCCUUCUCCAUCUCCCAAACCCACUCCAACGACAACCCCUCUAUCUCCGGCCAAAGCUCCGACGUCUUCUUCAACCUCUCCUAUGGCGUCGCCUUCGAAAUCUCCUUCAUCAUCGCCUCCGUCGGCGACUCCCACGAGUUCCCCACCCACAUCAUCACCUCCGACUGCUACGCCCCCAUCGGUUCAAUCCCCGGCUGCGACUCCGCCUGCUUCUUCGACAGCCCCGGUUCAAUCCCCGGCUGCGACUCCGCCUGCUUCUUCGAAGGCCCCGGUUCAAUCCCCGGCGAGUUCUCCACCAAUGUCUACCCCUCCGGCAUCGGCACCGGAAAGUUCUCCUCCUACAUUGACACCGGCGAGUUCUCCUCCGUCGUUGAGUCCGGUCGGGGCUCCAACUGUUGCGGAUGGUCCGGUUGGAACUCCUGAGUCUUCUGCUAAUAUUCCUUCGAGUUCAGCAACGCCAUCAGAGAGUCCUGCUAUUUUCCCGUCGAGCAGUAGCCCACCAAGUCCCACUCCAGUGGGUUCAUCGCCGGAGAGUACAGAGGGUCCGGCGGUUAAUGAUGAGUCGGGUUCGAGAUCCAGUUACGAAGUCGGGUUCUUUCUGAGCACUGGUUUAAUAGUUGGUGCCGCCUUGGCUUUUUAGAUUUUAAUUUUUGAAUGUAAUUUCUUAAGAAUUUUUAUUUCCACAUUAUUAAUGAAAUUAUUGGAUUGCUUUA